UGCGCGCGCGCGCACGUAUUAAUUCCCUCCUCAUUCCAGUGUGCUCCUCCGUCCACCAGCGACAAUGAUCUGCGUGUUUCUGUCAUUAUUUGCUCGCAUCUUUCAGUCAGGGUGGACCGGGGUGAAGGAGCGCACCUUCAUUGCUGUGAAACCAGAUGGUGUGCAGCGAAAACUGGUGGGAGAAAUCAUACAUCGCUUUGAGAAGAGGGGGUUCAAGCUGGUGGGCCUCAAACUCCUGCAGGCAUCUGAGGGUCUUCUCAAGGAACAUUACUGGGACCUGAGGAGUAAGCCCUUCUUCAGUGGACUGAUAACCUACAUGAGCUCUGGACCAGUUGUUGCAAUGGCGUGGCAGGGUUUGGACGUGGUCAAGACUGCGCGUAAGAUGUUGGGAGAGACCAACCCUGCAGACUCGCUGCCUGGAACUGUCAGAGGAGAGUACUGUGUGGAAGUGGGCAGGAAUGUGAUCCACGGCAGCGACUCUGUGGAGAGCGCCCAGAAGGAAAUCUCUCUGUGGUUUCACCAGAACGAGCUUCACUGCUGGGAGGAUGGCAGCAGCCAGUGGAUCUACAACUGAUUGCCGUCCUGUCCUGUCGUCGUAUCAGUCACUACAAGAUGGAUCGUAUCAUACCUCAGAGGAGUAUGUGUCUGGCUUUAAUAGCUUGUAGCCACAGACGUGUCAUCGCUGCCUUGCUUGAUGCUUCUUUUUUCAUACAUUUUCAAAUGUUUUUGUAUCUGUAUGUUUCUGAGGUGAGCUGACAUGACAGAGUGAAGUGCAGUAAGUGAGCAAUGA